AUCUUUAUAUUCACGCGUUUCUGGUACAUCCGUAAAUCUGACGCACAUACGACAUUCACUAACAACAGCGAUGGAUUUUACUUCAAAACAUAAUCUGAUGUGACACUGGAAAAGACUGUUUUUGUGUUCAAGUUGGGCUAACAGUAAUUAGCCAGCUAUUCAGCGAAGCUAUUCAGGCCUAAAGUAGCAUGUCAAUGCUAACCAUGUAGCAGAAACACAUUCGUCCCCAAAUCCAACGUCAGCGUCCACAGUUCACAUUUCUAAAGAGGUUCCAUGAAUGAUCAGAUUCAGAUUGAACCAUUUUCAAUAUUGUGUCCAUUUGAAAACCUUCAUCUUGGCUAUGCUAGGUGGCGCUCAAGUCCACUGGUCCCACAGAGAGCAGAGUUCAUGGUUACAUCAAUUUACAGCACAUUGUCCGGGUACUGAAGCAGCAAAGCAGCCCCAGUACAUCACGCUGGGGCUGCCACUACCAUGUUUGACUUUAGGUAUGAUGUUCUGUUUUUGGCAUAAAUUCAACAACCGUAUAGUUUGCUUUGCUGUGCAAUGACUUUGUGCCUUGAAUUCUCCUAUUGAGGCCAUUUUUGCCCAGAUUCUUGUUGAAUCAAACACGGCGACCUUAACUGAGCCCUGCAGUGCUUCAGAUGCGCUUUUUUAAAUUUAUUUUUAUGACCCCCUGGAUGAAUUGUUGAUGUGCUUUUUUAGUAAUAUUAGUUGGCUGGUCAACUCUUGGAAGACUCCCCACUGUUUCAUGUUUUCUCCAUUUGCGGAUAAUAGUUUUCACUCUGAUUCACUGGAGUCCCAAAACCAAAGACAUUCCUUUGGUACCCAUUUCAGACCAACAGAUUUCAGUGAAUUUGUUCAAUGAUUUCAUUGAACAGAUGAAAUCAUUCAAUGAAAUAAUUUAAUUUAAUUGAAUGAAAUGAAAUCAAUAAAUAGAUCAAUAAAUUUGUAUCUAUUUUCUAUAGAUCAAAAUUUUCUAUAGAUCAAAAUUGGAAGUGUUACUUUUUGAGAUUUGUUUAACCAUCUUAAUGUUGUCAAGACACAUUACCGAUUCUACAGAUCUUGUCUGGUUAUGGCUGGUAGAAAGUAAGUAAUUCUUUUCACAGAUCAGAUCUAAAAUAUUCAGAGGGAAAUGCAACUUGAAGUGCUCAAACUCAUAAGUCCAAUGCUACUUGACAUGCUAUUGGUGGAGCCAAUCCAGGGAUGCCAUUUUGUUUCCCUUGGUGCUGAUUGGCAGAACCCCCGAGAGCAGAGACCUGGAGGACUGCAUACGUUAGCGUCUGUGGUACUGCUAAGAUUAUUUUCCAUUGUGCGUAUUAUCACAUACUGAGGUAAAUUUGGUGCUGGAACUACUAAAAUAGACAGAAGUGUUUUUAGAUUUUAGAUAAAUGCUGGAGUCCACAAGCCCUGCGAAGACCAGAGAUCCACUGUAUGUGAUGGAAGACUAAAAAUAAGUUAAUAAAGACAAACUACAGUAGUUCGUCCUAAGAUUGUGAGCCGUAGUGUAGCAGAGAGCAGGGGAGAGGAGGCGAGUCUGUAGAGGUCACCCAAUGAGGGAGCAGAGCCCACCUGGAUGUGGGGUACAAACAAAUAUUUCCACAGGAGCCUGCAGAUGAACCGAGUGGACGGUUUACGUUUCACACUGAACAAACACGGCGAAGACACCGCCUAACUGAUUGGUUUGGGUUCAAAUGACAAUCAUUAACUCUGCUCUUUUUUAAUCAUAAUUAGAAAUGGACCAGAUAAAAAAUAUGAUAACACAAACAUGGAGCAAUAAAACAGCAGACUAUAAUAAGGCGCCACCCUUCUACAUUCAUCAUAUCCCCCAGGCUUCCUCUGGGCAGUGAUUCACUGCAGUUGAUGAUAAACUAUGGAAAAGAAGGCCUUACUUACCUCCGGACAGCAGAGUACCGUCUUUCUUUCCGACAAAGAGGAGGUGUACAGGAUUCCUGCUCUGCACUAUGACCAAGACCAAAAGAUUCUGCUGGCCUUUGCAGAGAAGCGGAGAACCUCAAACGACGCCAGCGCAGAGGUACUGGUCAUGAAAACGGGAGCGCUGGUCAAAGACGAAGCCACUCUUGAAAUAAGUGUUAAGUGGUCAGUGUCCAGAAACGUGGUGGAGAAGGUCCAUCUUGGUGGAUUUCGCCCCAUGAAUCCGUGCCCAGUCUACGAAAAGACAACCAAGACACUCUUUCUGUUUUUCAUCUGUGUCGAAGGUAACGUUUCAGAACCAUGGCAGAGGUUCUGGGGCGUCAACAAGGCCCGUCUCUGCUACAUGACGACCAGAGACGCCGGUCAGACCUGGAGCUCGGUCACUGACUUGACAGUAAAUUUUCCUCAGACCAAACAGUGGGCAACGUUUGCCGUUGGUCCGGGUCACGGCCUCCAAACAGAAAGCGGUAGACUGAUCGUUCCGGCCUACGCUUAUGUCUCUCGCUUCCCCUCGUGCUUCUGCGUGUCGUGUUUUUUCGCCGUCUCGCGCGCGUUCUGCUUCUACAGUGACGACAAGGGCGCCACGUGGCAGCUGGGCAACACGCUCGACGACAAAUCGGUCGAAUGCGAAAUGGCCGAGGUUUCGGACGGCAAAGGCACCAGGUACGUUUACUGCAAUGCCCGCAAUGAGGGAGGCUACCGAGUGGAGGCGGUCAGCGACAACGGGGGAGAGGAUUUCCUCACCCUCCCUCCUGCUGAGAAGCUCGCGGAAACAGGCGGAGGAUGUCAGGGGAGCGUGGUCUCCUUUCCAGCUCAACCUGGAGGGUCUGGUGCAAAUCAGGAGCCACGGUGGCUGCUUUACUCCCAUCCGACCAGUCAGUCCACAAGAGUGGACCUAGGAGUGUAUCUGAACAAAUCCCCGCUGGAUUCAUGUGCAUGGAGCAACCCCUGGAUCCUUAACGAGGGUCCCAGUGGUUACUCUGACCUGGCUUACCUUGAAGGUGGCUGGUUUGCAUGUCUGAUGGAGCGUGGAGAAGCGUCUGAAAUUGAACAGAUAGCAUGCAAUGUCUUCAGCUACAUUCAAGUCAAAAAAGGUAUUGAAAACAUUAGUCACUCCUUAAAGGGAUUAACAUAAGCCUAGCUACAACGUCAUUAAAUCAUUUGCUGAUGACAUGAAGAAAUACUCUGAUUACAUUACUCUGCUAGCAUUUUUAGAUGCUUUGCCAAUUAAUUGAUGGAGGUGAAAAUCUUUUUCUUGUUUGAUAUUCAUCUGACAUUUUCUAUACUUCCAACUGAUUGUCAACUACAGGCAAAGACAGAUAAAUCAAUGUGUCAAUUACCGGUGAAAUAACUCGUUAUAAAACAACACAAGUAUUUUACUCAUUAUGUUUUAACCCUAAAAUCAAUCCCAAUCUUUGCUCAGCGUAAGGAGUUUUCCUCCAGGGGCUUUUUGUUGACACACUGGGAUUUUAGUGAUCUCUUCAAAUUGAGAAGCUGUUUGUCUUGAUUCUUUGUCUAUUGGAAAAAACCCACUGAUCCCAGGAAUAAUCCCGUUUCACUCUGGGUCCAUGUUGAACACGCAAAUUCUAAAGUCAAAAAUGAACCAUUUCUGCCUUUAGAUGCUGGUGCAGACACAUUAAUAUGCUAUAAUCCUAACAGACUAAAACAGAAAAAGAAAAAGAAAAAAUGGCUGGACAGCAUCCCAUUACUUCAGAAACAUAACUCAUACACACAAUGAGAUCUUUCGACUACAGCUCAACUAUUAUUGAUAACUAUUCAGAAUCUCACUUAGGAAAAUAUGAGGUAACAGAUUUAAAUGGUGUUUUUCACAUGUAUUGUUUUACAUCGAUGAACAGUGGGAGAAAAGGGUUAGAGGUGUGAUUAUGUUUCAAAUGUGUCGGGUUUCCUGGGGGUUUUUAGGUGUAUUUUUGGUCAUCUGUUGAACUUUUACCUUCGAUCAAACUUUGAUGUGAAAAUAAAUAUCCAAAUAUGAUGUAUUCGAGCAUUUAAGUGACAUUUAACUGAUGAAUAAAGUGUUAUUUUUCUUUCUA